AUGGACAGCAAGACUGAUGCCAACCUCGAGGAGGGUUCUCUUAUGGAGAAAGCUCGUACUACCAGUGCGACGUACAAUGCAACAAUGAGUCUCGAUCCAGUCGCUGAGAGAAAACUUGUCUGGAAGCUGGAUCUUCGGCUCAUGCCUGUUCUUGCGAUCAUGUACUUGUUCAACGCUCUUGACAAGGGCAACCUUGGCAAUGCGAAGACUGCCGGUCUUGAGGAUGAUCUGAACUUGACUGGGAAUCAGUACAAUCUGCUACUCAGCAUCUUCUUCAUUCCCUUUGUCCUGACUAGUCCCUUCUUGGGCGCUCUCGGCAAGAAAUAUGGACCUUCUCGUGUGCUGCCAAUUAUGAUGUUCACCUUUGGCUCAAUGACUUUGCUCACGGUUGCUGCUCACAACUUUGGCGGCUUGAUGGCGUUACGCUGGUUCCUUGGCAUGGCUGAAUCCGCCUUCUUCCCUCUCGUUAUCUAUUAUCAGACCACUUUCUAUCGCCGAGGCGAGCUCGCUCGACGACUGGCAAUCUUCUAUGCUGCGAGCAACAUCGCCAACGCCUUUGGCGGACUCCUCUCCUUCGCUGUCUUCCGCAUUCACACAGGUGCCCUGGCAUCAUGGCGCUAUCUGUUCAUCAUCGAAGGCGCUCUUACGGUUUCGUUCGCCGUUUUUGCAUACUGGUACCUGCCAUACAACUCUCAAACGGCCAGAUUCUUGACGCCCGCCGAGAAGGAUAUAGCGUUCUACCGCAUGCAAAUGGAUUCUUCCUCGAUCGUCGACCAGAAGUUCAACUUCAAGGAUGCCGCCAUUAUCUUUCGCCACCCAACAACAUGGAUGAUCCUUGGCAUCGAGAUGUGUCUAGGUGUACCACUUCAGUCUGUUUCGCUAUACCUGCCGCCCAUCAUCAAGCGGCUUGGAUAUGGGACCGUCAAGACCAACCUCUACACGGUCGCCCCCAACGUCACUGGUGCCGCCAUGCUCCUGUUGCUAGCAUUCGCUUCGGAUUACACCAAGAUUCGAUCUCCUUUCGUCGCGCUCGGUUUUGCUUUCACCAUGAUUGGCUUCAUCAUUUAUGCCUGUGUCGACGUCAAGUCCCAGCUGAAUGUCGCCUACUACGCAUGCUUCAUGAUGACUUGGGGUACUUCAGCGCCAUCAGUCAUCCUCGAUACCUGGUUCAACAACAACAUCGCCAACGAGAACCGACGCAUGCUGUUGACUUCAGUGGCUGUACCGGUCGCGAACGUUAUGGGCCUGGUGAGCAGCAAUAUUUUCCAAGCGAAAGAUGCACCCAAGUACUUCCCUGCUCUUGCCACAACGGCCGCCUUUGGUGGAACUGGCCUCAUUUUGACAUGCUUACUGAUGCUGUGGAUGAUCAUCGACAACAAAAGACGCGACAGAAGAGCUGGUCGUGUGGUCAGAGCUAGAGAUAUUCCGACGGAGCUCCUUGCGGAUGGACCAGCAUCGCCAGAGUAUCGUUGGCAGUUGUAG